CAGUCCCGGACCUGCUGCAGCCCGAGCUGGGCGAGCGGGAGCGUGGUGGGGAGGGGAGCGGGGCUGACGACCCAGGAGACGGAGCCGCCGCAGCCUCUCCCCACCAGGCGGCCUCGGAUCCCACUGGACACUCUGAGGGCACACCGACCGCGCCUCUAGAGUCACCCCACGCCGAUCCUCCCCUCUUCUCUAGACUUUUUUCCCAUCCUUCUUGCCUUCACCCUUCCCACCCUUCCCUGGGUUCCGGACCGCCGCCCUCACUUCACUCCUGGACCGGCCCUUCUCGGCUCCCCUUUUCCCUAGGGAGAUGCGAUGAGCCGGUGCCCCCGCGUCCUCAUCGCCGUCCCGGGCACGGUGCCCGUCCAGUGCCCGUGGUGGAGAGGGAGCACUCCGCGGCCCCUCCGUGACGCCCCUCCCUUGGGCGCCUCCUCAGCUGGAGUCCCUGGGCCAUGCCCCAGGGGACUCAGGCAGGGGGUGGGCUCUAGAGCGAGAGGGGUGGAGAGGAGAAAGGACGGGGCCUUGGGCGCCUCUGAGAUGCUCCCAAGCACCAGGGAGAGCCGAGCGAGGCGCAGACAACCGGGCGGCAGGCAUGAUGCCCUCGCCUAGUGACUCCAGCCGCUCGCUGACUAGCAGGCCCAGCACCCGGGGCCUUACCCACCUCCGCCUCCACAGACCCUGGCUGCAGGCCCUGCUCACCCUGGGGCUGGCUCAGGUGCUCCUGGGCAUCCUGGUGGUCACCUUCAGCAUGGUGGCCUCCUCCGUCACCACCACCGAGAGCGUCAAGAGGUCCUGCCCGUCUUGGGCUGGAUUCUCGCUGGCGUUUUCCGGGGUGGUUGGCAUUGUGUCCUGGAAGCGGCCGUUCACUCUAGUGAUCUCCUUCUUCUCCUUGCUUUCGGUGCUCUGUGUCAUGCUCAGCAUGGCUGGCUCUGUUCUCUCCUGUAAAAAUGCUCAGCUGGCCCGAGACUUCCGAGAGUGCUCCUUGGACGGAAAGGUCUGUGUGUGCUGCCCCCCUGUUCCUCUUCUCCGGCCCUGUCCAGAGUCAGGGCAGGAACUGAAACUUGCCCCUAACUCUACCUGUGAUGAAGCCCGAGGGGCCCUCAAGAACUUGCUCUUUAGUGUCUGUGGGCUCACCAUUUGUGCCGCCAUAAUCUGUACCCUCUCUGCUAUUGUCUGCUGCAUCCAAAUCUUCUCCCUGGACCUUGUGCACACGCAGCUGGCCCCUGAGCGCUCAGUCUCAGGCCCUCUGGGGCCUCUGGGCUGUGCAUCCUCGCCCCCAGCCCCACUCCUACACACCAUGCUGGACUUGGAGGAAUUUGUACCACCUGUGCCCCCACCACCCUACUAUCCCCCAGAGUACACCUGCAGCUCAGAAACAGAUGCACAGAGCAUUACCUACAAUGGCUCCAUGGACAGCCCGGUGCCCUUGUACCCCACUGAUUGCCCCCCUUCUUAUGAGGCCGUCAUGGGGCUACGAGGAGACAGCCAGGCCACUCUGUUUGAUCCUCAGCUUCACGAUGGCUCCUGUAUCUGCGAGCGAGUGGCCUCCAUUGUUGAUGUGUCCAUGGACAGCGGGUCUCUGGUGCUGUCAGCUAUCGGUGACCUCCCCGGGGGCUCCAGCCCGUCGGAGGACUCGUGCCUGCUGGAGCUGCAGGGCUCCGUACGCUCCGUUGACUACGUGCUCUUCCGCUCUAUUCAGCGUAGCCGCGCCGGCUACUGCCUCAGCCUGGACNACGGACGGGCCGGCCGGGGUCCCCCGACGGGGGACGGCCAGCCCGGCCACGCCUCGCCGGCCCCCUCCCCCCGCCGAGCCCCCGCUCGCCGCUUCAGCGACAGCUCAGGUUCCCUCACCCCACCGGGGCACCGGCCUCCUCACCCAGCUCCCCCACCACCGCUGCUGCUGCUGCCACGGUCCCACAGUGACCCGGGCAUCACCACCUCCAGCGACACCGCUGAUUUCAGGGACCUUUAUACCAAAGUGCUUGAGGAAGAAGCUGCUUCCGUUUCCUCUGCAGACACAGGGCUCUGCUCGGAAGCCUGCCUCUUCCGUCUAGCCCGCUGCCCUUCCCCCAAGUUGCUACGUGCUCGCUCAGCCGAGAAAAGGCGCCCUGUGCCCGCCUUCCGGAAGGUCCCCCUGCCCUCGGGCCCUGCACCUGCUCACUCCCUGGGGGACCUGAAGGGCAGCUGGCCAGGCCGGGGCUUGGUCACUCGUUUCCUCCAGAUGUCCAGGAAGGCCCCGGACCCCAAUGGGAAUGGAGCCCAUGGGCAUAAGCAGGUGCCCCGGAGCCCGUGGGGCCGGCUAGGCCGAGAGAGCCUCCAUCUUCGCAGCUGUGGUGACCUUAGCUCCGGCUCCUCCCUGGGCGCCUCCUGUCUGCCCGGAGGCUGGAGCGUGGUACCCGCCCCCACAGCCUCAGCCUCAAUGGGGGUAGCCGGGAGACUGGGCUCUGACCUGGGCAUCCUGCCACACUGAACAGAUCCAGAUGAACGCUGGGGCCACAGGCACCAGCUAGUUGGGACCAGCACCCCCUUGCACUGGCUGACACAAAAAGAAACCUGCUGAACAUCCCCAAAAGUAUCCCUUUCCUUCCUACCUCUACGGGCUCCUGCUGCUUGCCUCUGCCCCUCUGGCCUGGGAGAGCUUCUGUCCUGUGCUGCAUGGGUAUUCAGGCUGUGGGGGAAGAUGCCCCUGCUUAAAGUACUGGAGGAGGAAAAAUAAAGUCCUGUUCCCUCAGCAUGAGAGUAACUCUCACUGGUUCACCAGGGGCCCUGUGGCCAGGGCAAAGGCACGUCCCAGGUCUUUAAACAUAGGGGGCUGUGUGCCUGUGCCGUAGGGUGGUGAGGCAUGAAGAGUCAGAAAAUCUGGGUGGCCUCUCAGCUCUGCCACCACUAGCUGCAUGACUUUGGGCAAGUUAUUUAACCUGAAUUGCCUAAUCCGUACAACAUUGUGAGGACAAAUGUUUGUAAAGCUCUUAACACACUAAGUAAGCCUUCAAUAAAUUUCAAUUUUCCCUUC